AAUUCAAAUUCAGUAUAAUAUUUAAUUAUCAAUGGCAAAGCUCGCAAUCUCCGCCGCCCUCUUCGCCGCCCUGGUCCUGGUGGCCAGCGCCACCACCUACACCACCACAGUGGUGACAACCACCGUGGAGUCCGAGGAGAACCCCCGGGGACAGUCGUGCCAGACUGAAAUCCAGCAGAAGCCGAUGAGCCACUGCAUGCAGUGGAUGGAGUCUCAGAUGAGGGGCAGAAGAUCAUACGGCGGCGGCGAGUCCUUCAUCAGGAGCGCGGUGGCGAACCCAAGGUACCAGGAGGAGGAGCACCUGGAAGAAUGCUGCAGCGAGAUGAAGAAGGUGAGCUCACCGUGCAUGUGCGAGGCAAUGAGCCACAUGAUGAGGCAGAUGCAGCAACAGUACGGAGCUGAGGAGGAGAUGCAGCAAGAUGAUGAAGGAUAGAUGAAUCUCUUCCCAAGAUGUGCGGCAUGAGCUCCACCACCCAGUGCCGCUUCCGCGCCGUCUUCGUCUGAACAACUCGUCGUCGUCGUCGUCGAUCACUGGAUGCAUGGAUCGAAUAAUAAUAAUAAUAAGAAUAAUGUAGCACAUAUCAUCGUAUGUGUUAAUUUCUCUAUCUGAGUUUAAUUAAUGCUAUCUGUUAAUGUUUUUCUGCGA